CGCGCCGACUCCAGGACUGCCUUUGUUUCUGUCCAGUCAGGUUUUGCGCAGCGCAAGGCCCACCAUUCACCUUUUAUCACCGCCUGCACCAAGCGCGACGCCGUGCAGGCUUGCAUCUACCAGCGAGCCCCGUGUACGGGCGGCCCUACUGGGGAGGCAGAGAGUCGAGAGACAGACAGAAGGCCAUCGAGCUUGCCGGGAUUCGAACCCGCCGCGCAUUCAAGCACUUUUUAGCAAGAGGCGCAGCUCAGCCCUGCAGCGCAACAGACAUCUCCAGGUAUGAUACUCUCCUUUCAGACUCCCCACUAUGCUACGUAUACGGAUCUGGCUGUACAGUACAUUCAUUCUCCGUCCCGUCCCUUGCACUCGGCCUGUCUGUUGUGUCUGUCCGUCUGUCUUUCUGCCUGCUGGGUGCCUGCCCGCCCACGGCAGUACGUACUGACAUUGCACCGCCAGGCUGGUGUGCAGUGUCGUUGCGGGCUUGGCGCUGGGUGCGGGAGGGCUGCUGCUGCUGUUGUCGGUCGGUUGCGACGCGCAGCCCUGUCCGCCUCAGUCCAGAUUCUGCCCCAACCCAACCUAACCCUCGGGACGGGGAAAGGGGACGCCGUAUCUGCCCUGUCCUGUCCUGACCUGUUUUGUUGCACCGGCGCCGUUUAUAAAGAGACAAAGCCCACUCACACGCUGCCACAGUUUUUACGACUCGUGUUCGAGGUACUGAGUAAAGUUGCAAGAAAAGCGCUUGUGUCCACACUGGUUAGCCCCCGGUCCGCCAUUUUCCAGCCAGUCAACGCGCGAGCGCAAAGUCGCGGCAUAGCAAAUCAGCUCACGGUCCCCGACACGAACGAACCGCAAAACAGAGUUGUCCAGUCUCGAGACCUAUCACCAUCGCGAACCUCGAUCUCGUCGCCAUCAUUGGCCCUUGCCCGGUCCCGUGAUAGUCGCGGCCUGCACGCAGACAAUUAACGAGAUCGUCCCCGGCGCUCAAUCAACGUCGCCGCCGAGAUCAGAUCUGCGUCGCGUCUCCAAAUCCCAUCCCAUUCAGGCGGCUGUCCAGUGCCAGACAGGCCAGCCGAGGCAGAACGCCCGCUUGCUUGUCCAACGACAGCCGCGAACUCUUGUGUAAGUACGGAGCCCCUCGAUCUUGUCCUGCCCAACUUGACUUUCUCGUUUCCCUC